AGGAGAGUGGUUACAAUGACUUCAGCAGUCCUGGUGGACAUCCAGGAUGAAGUGACCUGCCCCAUCUGCCUGGAGCUCCUGACAGAACCCCUGAGCAUAGACUGUGGACACAGCUUCUGCCAAGCCUGCAUCAUGGGGAACAGCAAGGAGCUGGGUAUCGGCCAAGAAGAGGAGAGCUGCUGUCCUGUGUGCCAGACCAGCUACUGGCCUGGGAACCUGCGGCCCAAUCGGCACCUGGCCAACAUAGCGGAGAGGCUCAGGGAGGUGGUGUUGGGCUCGGGGAAGCAGCUGAAGGUGAUUCUUUGUGCGCACCAUGGAGAGAAGCUCCAGCUCUUCUGUAAGGAGGAUGGGAAGCUCAUUUGCUGGCUUUGCGAGCGGUCCCAGGAGCACCGUGGUCACCACACAUUCCUCAUGGAGGAGGUUGCCCAGGAGUACCAGGAGAAAUUCCAGGAGUCUCUGAAGAAGCUGAGGCAAGAGCAGCAGGAAGCUGAGAAACUAACAGCUGUUAUCAGAGAGAAGAGGGCAUCCUGGAAGAAUCAGGCGGAACCUGAGAGACACAGGAUCCAGAAGCAGUUUGAUCAGUUGAGGAGAAUCCUGGACAAAGAGGAGCAGCGGCAGCUGAAGAAGCUGGAGGAGGAGGAGAGGAAGGGGCUGAGUAUCAUAGCAGAAGCUGAGGGUGAGCUGGUCCAGCAGAGCCAGUCCCUGAGAGAGCUCAUCUCAGACCUGGAGCGCCGGUGUCAGGGGUCCACAAUGGAGCUGCUGCAGGAUGUGAGUGAUGUUGCGAAAAGGAGUGAAUUCUGGACUCUGAAGAAGCUGGAAGCUCUCCCCACCAAGCUGAAGAGUAUGUUUCGAGCCCCAGAUCUGAAAAAGAUGCUGCGAGUAUUUAGAGAGCUGACAGAUGUCCAGAGCUACUGGGUGGACGUGACUCUGAAUCCACACACGGCUAAUUUAAAUCUCGUCCUGUCUAAGAACCGGAGGCAGGUGAGAUUUGUGGGCGCUCAGCUGUCUGGAUCUCAUCUGGAAGAGCAUUAUGGCUGUGGUGUCCUGGGCUCUCGACACUUCUCCUCAGGGAAGCAUUACUGGGAGGUAGAUGUGGCCAAGAAGACUGACUGGAUCCUGGGGGUGUGCAGUGAUUCAGUGGGACCUACGUUGUCUUUCAACCAGUUUGCGAACAAUCGGAAUGUUUACUCCCGAUACCAGCCUCAAAAUGGAUACUGGGUGAUCGGGUUACAUCAUAAACACGAAUAUAGAGCCUAUGAGGAGUCGUCCACUUCCCUGCUCCUCUCCAUGAUGGUGCCUCCUCGCCGAAUUGGGGUAUUCUUAGACUAUGAGGCCGGCACAGUCUCCUUUUACAAUGUCACCAACCACGGCUUCCCCAUCUACACCUUCUCUAAGUAUUACUUUCCUACCACUCUUUGUCCAUAUUUUAAUCCUUGCAACUGUGUAGUCCCAAUGACCCUGCGUCGCCCAAGCUCUUGA